AUGGCUGAUUCCUGUUCGCUGACAUGCUCCUCUUCCGCUUGUGCGUGUAACCACCAGGGCAAGUGGAGCGAGUCCUCGCUGCUGGAGAAACGGCUGUCAGAAGACUCGAGACGCGGUCUGCGGCUGCAGAAGUGGGCGAGCAUGUGGAGCUCAGAAGCGUCGGGGUUGGAGCCGAAACGGCGUGAGGAGAAGGCGGCCGCGGCGGAGAACCCGCUGGUGUUCCUGUGCGCUGGCUGUCGCCGGCCACUGGGCGACUCGCUCACCUGGGUGGCCAGCCAGGAGGACACCAACUGCAUCCUGUUGAGUAGUGUCUCCUCUAACGUCUCUGUGGAUAAGGAACAGAAACUGUCCAAGUGCAGAGAUGAAGACGGUUGCAUCCUUGAGACGCUGUACUGUACAGGCUGCUCCCUCAGCAUUGGCUAUGUGUACAGAUGCACUCCCAGGAAACUGGAUUACAAGAGGGACUUGUUCUGCCUCAGCGUUGAAGCUGUUGAAAGUUAUACCUUAGGGUCCUCUGAAAAGCAAAUCGUGCCAGAAGACAAGGAGCUUUUCAAUCUUGAAAGCAGAGUUGAAACAGAGAAGUCUAUAAAGCAGAUGGAAGAUGUCCUGACAGUCCUGCAAACGAAGCUGUGGGAGCUCGAAUCGAAGCUGGCUGACCGAUGCAGCUGAGCUGCGUCCCCUCCCCGUCGUGCCCACCCUGUUCCUGACAUACUGUUUCUCUGCAUUUAUUUUAGUAUGAGCGGUAGCCGUUCCCUGUGUUUGAAUUAUAAAGCCGGUUCGUGACACAUGCUGGAAUGGGAUUUGGAUGUUUUAAUUUUAAUAAAAAUACUGGGAUGA